UGAUAAGGUUAAUUGUGUGAUAACAUUCUUACUGUAAUUAUUUUGAUCAUAUCCAAGAGUAACUCAGUCAGUAGGCGCACAGCCGCGAGUGAUUGGUAGCGACUGUAUUAAGAAAAAAUUGAAUUUAAUUUCGGCAGUGCACAUUUAUAUUUUUACGAAAGUUAAUCUGAGGUCAUAUAAAAAUUAAGUAAUCUUAUACACCAUGGCUGAAAAACAAAUUAAAAACCGUGUCUGUAUUGUUGGCUCUGGAAAUUGGGGCUCUGCUAUUGCUAAGAUUGUUGGUAAGAAUGCAGCCCGCCUUCCUAACUUUGAAGAUAGAGUUACUAUGUGGGUAUAUGAGGAGAUGAUUGAUGGGAAAAAAUUAACUGAAAUCAUCAAUGAAACUCAUGAAAACGUCAAAUACCUGCCUGGACAUAAAUUACCUCCAAAUGUUGUAGCUGUCCCGGAUAUAGUAGAGGCAGCUAAAGAUGCUGAUCUGUUGAUCUUUGUGGUACCGCAUCAGUUUGUUCGUACAAUAUGUUCCACUCUCCUUGGCAAAAUAAAACCAACGGCCGCUGCGCUGUCAUUGAUAAAGGGCUUUGACAUUGCGGAGGGUGGUGGCAUUGAUUUGAUCUCUCACAUCAUAACAAGAUGCCUGAAAAUUCCUUGUGCUGUAUUAAUGGGUGCCAAUAUUGCAUCAGAGGUUGCCGAGGAGAAAUUCUGCGAGACUACUAUUGGAUGCCGUGAUGUGAUGCUGGCACCAAUGAUGAGGGACAUCAUACAGACGGAGUACUUCAGGGUCGUGGUGGUAGACGAUGAAGACGCCGUGGAAAUAUGUGGAGCUUUGAAGAACAUAGUAGCGGUCGGAGCGGGUUUUGUCGAUGGUCUCGGCUUUGGCGACAACACCAAGGCGGCUGUCAUAAGACUCGGCCUCAUGGAGAUGAUCAAGUUUGUGGACGUGUUUUACCCGGGAAGCAAACUGAGCACGUUCUUCGAAUCUUGUGGAGUAGCUGAUCUCAUUACCACGUGCUACGGUGGUAGGAACAGACGUGUAGCAGAAGCCUUCGUGAAGACAGGGCGAUCUAUAAAGGAGCUGGAAGAUGAAAUGCUGAAUGGACAAAAGCUACAAGGUCCUAUCACGGCUGAGGAGGUCAACCAUAUGCUGGCAAACAAAAAUAUGGAAAACAAAUUCCCCUUAUUCACUGCUGUGUUCCGUAUCUGUCGUGGCGAACUGAAACCCGGAGACUUCAUCGACUGCAUCCGCAGCCAUCCGGAGCACAUGAGUAUGCCGUCACCUAAAUGUUCUCUGUGACCUGAUUGUGAAGUCAUCGCAUCGUGUCUGCACAUACUAUAGACAACUUUUUACAACUUUAUCAUGUUAAAACGAUUUAAUGUUUCAAUUAAAGCUAAGCUCUAAACGAAUAAAGUUGAAGAAAGUUUCACAUAACCAUUUAGCACCUUCAUUAAUAUUGUUGAAAAAAAAAAACUGACAUUUUUGAGUUCUGUAGUUGUUAUUGUUUUUCCUAAUUCUGUUCAUUUUGUAUUAUUUUACUUGUGUCGUUAUUCCUAAGGCUAUUUUCGUUAUUAUUUUAUCCUGUUAUAGAUAACCAUAUGAAAGAAUACUUUACUUAAAGUUUACAGAUAGGUACAUAUAAUAGUUAUUCAAAUCAAAUAAGUCAUUCCUUAGUAAAUAAUAUGUCAUUAUGUACAUUUUUAUAAUACCCACAUCUAAAUGGCAUGAUAAUGGCAUGCCUGUUCCAUUAAAUUUUUUCUUAUAAAGGUUACUUCAAAAAAACUAGUUUUGAAAAUAUAACUUGCUUUUGAAAGAAAAAUCCGUCAGUGGACUUUUUAAUUCUUUCUUUUGCUAUACUUAAAAUACAUUAACAUUUUAAAUUUUAAUUCAAUUACAACAUGUUUAAAAAUUAAAUUUAAACUUAAGCAAAUAUUUUGUAUUAAUUAUUUAAUUUUUUAUUCGCACAAUAAUGUUUAUUGACGUUUGAUCUUUGAGAAAAUUAUAUAAUGACAAAUUUCUAACUAUAGAUCACAUAUUUCUUCGGUACAUGACGGCAAUGUCGCUCUAGAAUUUUCACUAGUUUAUAUCACAUACACUAGUAUGAAACUUUUUUGUAUUUUGCUUAACGUGUGAAGGUAACUUCUAAAAUAUAUAUUUAAGAGCAAUAAACUAAAUCUAGUCUAAAAGUUUUUUAUUCAUUGCUUAUCGGCAUAUUUAAUUAAUUUUAUACGCUUUAUUUUUUUAUGAGUGUUGCCGUAUCCACUAAUAAUGCAUAUGUAUUUGAAACUACUUAUUUUAAUGAACUUAUCACUUUUAAAAAUUAUUUUGAGCAUGUUCUGUUUCCUUUUUGAAAUGCAAUUAUUUACUAAUCUUAAUUUUGAAACCCAUGAGCAUUGCUUGAGUUGUCGUUUCAUACGAUAUUAUUAUAAACAUGCACAUUUUUAAUGUUGCCAGAUUCCAAUGAAACCAUUAUUAACCUUACAUAUUUCAGGAUUCGCAUAGUUAGAAAAUCCCAUUGCUGUAUUUGCUAAAAUUAGUACCAGAUAAA